GGAGCGGAGAAGGUUGGGAUUAGGUUGCCAAGUUUUGUAUUUCAUAUGUAUUAACCAACGCACUGGAACAUAUUAAAAAUUUUCGUUAGUAUUUUCUUUUUUUUUUUUUGCGCGCGAAAUGGAAUUUACAACUAAAAAAUCGCUGACGGACGACAUGGCCUUUACUCCAUACGGCACGGCGGUGCUUAUUGGCAACUGGGCAGAGCGUCGUUUUGCAGUCGAGGAGCAAAGCAACGCCAUCCUGCCCGGCAUUCGGGUGGAAGGCUGCGAACGUCAUCAGUCACUCAGCCAGGAUACGUACACGGAUGCGGCUUUUGUGCGCGUCGAGACCGUCCCCAAUUUCCUUGAGCAGCGCAAGUUGGCUUACCGAAACUACUUAAAAAACAGCCGGUCAGGCUUGAAGUUCGUAGACCAUGAGUCACUAAAACGCAACUUUACCACGACCCAGACCCUGGACUUCCAGGAGCUACCGCGACAGAGUCUUAAGCUCGCCAAGGGCGAGGAAGGGUGUCCCCCAAAGCAAGCGGCAGAGAUUGACAGGCUGAAGGCCUUCGGAAAUCUUACAAAAACCCACAACUAUCUCUGGCGCUUUAAGUGCGAGAAACUCCUGGAGGAACUUAGAAGCAAGCAGACUACUUAUUCCGCCUCCUACAACCGUCCAUGGAGGAGUAAGUCGGUCGAUGAGUAUGGGACAGAUUACGAUGGCGACAUGCCAUGCUAGAAAUUGGCGGGGUAGCAAGCCCUUAAAGAUAAAAUAAACGUGUAUAUUACAAGAUUCAA